ACUACGUCGAGUCGUGAAUUUUUAACAACUGGGACAUACAAGAACCCAUUCCCUACUCUCACCACCCUCGAAAUCUUCGACUCGACCCCCAGCGACGAUCAAUCCGCCGCGAUGAAUAAGACUACACCCUCACCAAGUCCCGUCCCCAAAGCUUCGCCAAGCUCAAAUCCCCCUCCCUCGCCGACCGCAGGCACAAAGCGCAAGAGAAAUACCCCGGCCAAAUAUUAUGCUGUCAAGGCGGGUCACAAACCAGGUAUCUACUAUGGGUGGAAUGACUGUCUGGCCCAAGUAACGGGAUUCAAGGGAGCAAUUUGUGAGUGCACUCGUCGCAGUGGUUCUUCCAAUAGCCCCCCAGCCGAAUCGCAGAGCUCGGAGAACACACGAUUCUAUGGAAUCCAAAGGGGCCGGGUUACCGGAGUAUACACAAAUUGGACAACGGCACAGGAGCAGAUCCGUGGGUUUCCGCGACCUCGAUAUCGCAAGUUCUCCACUCGCGAAGAGGCAGAGGACUUUGUACGGGAAGGACAGGCCCAGCCUCCAGCCGGGUUCGGCGUGGCAUCUGGGCCUCAUGGGAUAACGACUGAAAAACCAAAAGAUGCAGAAGGAAUCGAGUUUGCGCCAGGCGACGGCCCGUUGCCAGCAGGAGCUGAAGAUGGGUUUGACCCCAACGUCCUUUUGGACCCAGCCACUGGCAAGGUGGUGUACAAAACGGCCCCCCAGACGACAGCAACAAAAACACAAUCAACAGGUAUCCCAGGGAUGCUCCGGAUAUACACCGAUGGGAGUUCAUUAAGGAAUGGCACCCCAUUGGCAUCGGCCGGGGUAGGGGUAUACUUUGGCCCUGGUGAUUCAAGCAGAAACGUUUCGGAGUCACUAAAAGGCAGUCGUCAAACGAACCAGCGCGCUGAAUUGACUGCAAUCCUUCGGGCGAUUGAUAUUGCCCCUCGACACCGAGAUGUAACCAUAGUCACCGACAGCCGAUAUUCGAUUGACUGUGUUACGGUAUGGUUUGUCAACUGGCGUCGCAACAACUGGAUGACCCGGGACAAGAAGCCAGUUGAGAACAAAGAUCUGGUUGAAUCGAUUUUGAUCAAAAUUGAGGAACGAAAUGAUCUCAAGGUGAAGACCUUGUUUGAAUGGGUUAAAGGUCACAAUAAAGACCCGGGCAAUGAAGAGGCCGAUAAAUUGGCUGGGGUAUCUGCUAAGGCAGAGGCCCUGCAUGUGGCCCAAGAGGUGCCUGAUGAAUUGUUUGAUGAAGAUUUUUAG